GUCCCGUAAGAAAUAGCCUAGGUUCCACUGUUUAAUACAAGGACGUGUCCCAUACAAACUGCAUCAUACCGCGGUUCCUUUGAUUGCCAGGGAGAUAGCUAUCGGCUUGUAGAUUACCUAGUACCUACUAUUGUGCAUUUUGCCUUCGUUUCCUCUUCUUCUUCUUUAGUAUACGAUUCUCCGACAACACCAUUGGGAUGUUAAGUUCGUUGGCAAAGAGUCGGGCACAGGCUACCGCUCUUAGGAUACCCCGAAUAAGACAAGCUACAACGCCGAAGAGCAUAUUUAUGGCGCCGGCAACGACACGGAGCAACAGCUCCAUUCCCAAUGGGUAUGUCGAGGAUAAAUCCAAGGGCGCCAUGCUCCGGUUCCAGGAAUCCCUUCCCCGGUUACCAGUUCCGACUCUCGAAGAGACCACCUCCCGCUACCUGAAAUCUUUACAUCCCCUGUUAAGCCCCUCCGAAUUGGCAGCAAGCAAAAAGGCCAUUGAUGAAUUCAUAAAACCUGGCGGUGUCGGACAAAAAUUACAAGAGAAGCUGAUUGCGCGGCGGGAAAAGCCCGAAGUUAAGAAUUGGAUCUACGAGUGGUGGAACGACGUAGCAUAUCUAAGCUACCGAGACCCCGUAGUCCCAUAUGUUAGUUAUUUCUACUCUCAUCGGGAUGACAGGCGGCGGCGGAACCCCGCUAAGCGCGCUGCGGCUUUGACGACCGCCGCUCUCGAGUUCAAGAAACAGGUGGAUAGCGGCUCGCUCGAACCGGAGUACAUGAAGAAGCUACCUAUAUGCAUGGACAGCUAUAAAUGGAUGUUCAAUGCCUGUAGGGUACCUGCUAGACCUGCGGAUCACCCUGUUAAGUAUGACCCCAAGGAGCACAAGCACAUCAUUGUGAUCCGAAAAAAUCAGUUUUUUAAGGUCGCCCACGAAAUCGAUGGAAAACAACUCAACACAACUGAAUUCGAAUCACAAUUCGCACGUAUCUAUGACCUCGCUGAGCGAGUUCCCGCCGUAGGUGCGCUUACUUCCGAGAACCGAGAUAUCUGGACAGACGCGCGCCAGUUACUUCUAGACGUCUCUCCCAAGAAUAAGGCGGCCAUCGAAGCCAUUGAAUCCGCUUCUUUCGUCGUAUGCCUGGAUGAUGCUUCCCCAGUCACUCUGGAGGAACGCGCACACCAGUACUGGCAUGGUGAUGGCCAGAACAGGUGGUACGACAAGCCUCUCCAGUUUGUCGUAAACGACAACGGAACGUCUGGUUUCCUAGGCGAACACAGCAUGAUGGAUGGCACACCCACACACAGACUUAAUGAUUAUGUCAACGACGUCAUCUUUGCCAAUAAGCUUGACUUCAGCGACCCCACCGUCCGAUCUAACCUACCCGAGCCCGUCGCGGUCAACUUCGAGGUCACAAAGGAUGUUCAAGCCGAGAUUGACCGUGCGAUCAAGGACUUUGAUACGGUAAUCGGCCAGCACGAGCUCGCUGUCCAGGCUUACCAAGCCUACGGCAAGGGCUUGAUCAAGAAGUUCAAGUGCUCGCCCGAUGCAUACGUGCAGAUGAUAAUCCAGCUAGCAUACCACAAGAUGUACGGCAAGAACCGGCCUACGUAUGAGUCAGCCGCGACACGUCGCUUCCAGCAGGGCCGUACCGAAACGUGUCGCACCGUGUCCGACGAGAGUGUCGCCUUCUGCAACGCCAUGGCGGAUCCCGAUGUCGAGGCUAAGGAUCGGGUAGACCUGUUCCGCAAGGCUGUCAACGCUCAUAUUGAGUAUAUCAGCGCAGCGUCCGACGGCAAAGGCGUCGACCGUCACCUCUUCGGCCUUAAGAAGCUACUGGGACCCGGCGAGGAUGUCCCCGCUAUCUACAAGGACCCCGCUUUCGGGUACAGCAGCUCGUGGUACUUGUCCACCAGCCAGCUGAGCUCUGAGUUCUUCAACGGCUACGGCUGGAGUCAGGUCAUCGACGCCGGAUUCGGCAUCGCGUAUAUGAUCAACGAGAAUAGUCUCAACUUCAACAUCGUAUCUAAGGGCAUCGGUAGCCAGAAGAUGAGCCACUACAUCAACGAAGCCGCGAACGAUAUCCGCGACAUACUCCUACCCACCCUCGAGCCACCGAAAGCGAAGCUAUAAAGAAAAGGAAAAGGAACGGGGUUUCGUUCAUGCUUUGCUCUAGACAUAUCGCAGCUACUACUCUGGGAAUUUUGGGAGUGGGGGAUGGGUAGAUAUUCCUCGGUCUCUCCCCACUGUAUCUCAUCAUAUCAUCAUGAUCUAUCCUCAUUGGCGCAAGCCGUAUUCCUCAGUUUCAAAUCUGCCUUUUUGCUAGAUCUUUUUCUAGAGCAUCAGACCGGUGUUGGUGGAUAUAUGUAGCUUUUAACAGAGUAAAUAUCUUUGAAAUAAGUCUCACGUAUGAUCUCGAUUU